AUGAUAGAGGAUACAAUGACUUUGCUGUCUCUACUGGGUCGCAUCAUGCGCUACUUCUUGCUGAGACCUGACCUCUCGGGAGAUUCCGGCAGGCCUCUGUCCCAGAAAACCAAAGGUCCGAGCUCUCUGCCUCGCUUUGCGAGCCAGGAGAAGUGCGUCCCUUCUCGCUUGCCUUAUGCCGGGCGAGGCGGAGACCGCACUACCGUGCCGCCAGCCGGAGGGGGGGACGCUCACGUGUGGCCCUCUGUUUUCCAGCCGGUAGCAGUGGAUCCCGCGAAACCACCGCUCGGCCCGAGCACCUCCGGGCCUCGAGUCCCGGCUCAAGGGGCGGGGCGAGGCGGGGCGAGCGAGCGCUGGGCGGGGCGAGUGCGAGCGGCGGCGCUAGGAGGGAGCGCCCGAGCCCCGCAGAGCCGAGAGGAGCGGAGCAGGGAGGUGCUUCGGAGAGGCUGGCAGAGCCCGGCCGGCCGCCUGCGGCUCCGCGCCGAUCGACUCGGAGAGCUCGGCCAGCUCUGCGCUCCCCUGCGGCGGCGACCAAGGGGACGUGCAUCCCUCACCCGCGGGGCUCUAGCGCCUCGCGCCUCUUCACCUGCCGAUCUCUCCCCGGAGCAGCGAGGGGGCACCCGCGGAGGCGCCGCGGGGGCGCCAGCGCCCCGGAACUCUCCCGCCCACCGCGACAGACCCGCCCGGCGCAACUUUAACUUGAUUUCUCUCGUCCAGCCCCGGCACCCGCGACUGCUGCUGCCACCGCCGGCGUCUCGGCAGCCGCCGCCUCACAAAGGGGCUUACUUCUACACGGAUGAGGUGAAGACCAUCGUCAAGUCCAGCCGGGACGCCGUGAAGAUGGUGAAGGGCAAGGUGGCCGAGAUCAUGCAGAACGACCGACUGGGAGGGCUCGAUGUGCUGGAGGCCGAGUUUUCCAAGACCUGGGAGUUCAAGAGCCACAAUGUGGCCGUGUAUUCCAUCCAGGGCCGGAGAGACCACAUGGAGGACCGCUUUGAAGUUCUUACGGACCUAGCCAAUAAGACGCAUCCGUCCAUCUUCGGGAUCUUCGACGGGCACGGGGGCGAGACGGCAGCUGAAUAUGUAAAAUCUCGACUCCCAGAGGCCCUUAAACAGCAUCUUCAAGACUACGAGAAAGACAAAGAAAAUAGUGUAUUGUCUUACCAGACCAUCCUCGAACAGCAGAUUCUAUCAAUUGACCGAGAAAUGCUAGAAAAAUUGACUGUAUCCUAUGAUGAAGCAGGCACAACGUGUUUGAUUGCUCUGUUGUCAGAUAAAGACCUCACCGUGGCCAAUGUGGGUGACUCGCGUGGGGUCCUGUGUGACAAGGAUGGGAAUGCCAUUCCUUUGUCUCAUGAUCACAAGCCGUACCAGCUGAAGGAAAGGAAGAGGAUAAAGAGAGCCGGUGGUUUCAUCAGUUUCAAUGGCUCCUGGAGGGUCCAGGGAAUCCUGGCCAUGUCUCGAUCCCUGGGGGAUUAUCCCCUGAAAAAUCUCAACGUGGUCAUCCCAGACCCAGAUAUCCUGACCUUUGACCUGGACAAGCUCCAGCCCGAGUUCAUGAUCUUGGCAUCAGAUGGCCUCUGGGAUGCUUUCAGCAACGAAGAAGCUGUUCGGUUCAUCAAGGACCGCUUGGAUGAACCUCACUUUGGGGCCAAGAGCAUAGUUUUACAGUCAUUUUACAGAGGCUGCCCUGACAACAUAACAGUCAUGGUGGUGAAGUUCAGGAAUAGCAGCAAAACAGAAGAGCAGUGA